AUGGCUACGUCAUUUCCACUGUUUAAGAGAAUCAUGGUAUGUUCGAAUGCAAUUCGCCACCACAAGAACGAAAAAAACGGGAAUGCCCGUCAUUCAUCGCACGACGAAGUCUCAUCGUACGACGAAGUUGUGAAGUUUAUGUGCAGCAACACCUCUGUAGGCGAACGUCCGAGAACGAAAGACGUGACCAGAGCUGCGCUGGAAUUUAUGAAACGAGGUUGGCACAGACCUCAAGAUGCAAAGGCCAAAUUUGCACUAUAUCUCGCAAUUUUGGUCGCGGACGACAAUGCCGAAAAUGGCCUGGCCAAAGAAGUUUGUGAUCGUUUUCGGCGCAUCCACGACUUUGAUCGGCAUGUGAUGGAACACAUAUUCAAGAUUUCUCUUUGCAAUGACAGGGUUCGUAAGCUCUUGGACAAUUUACUAAUAUCCAAGACGGAAGGUACUCUUGUAUUUGAACAUGUCUUCAACAUGGAGUUUGUUGAAAUUUUCUUCAAUGGAAUGGAGAUGGUGGUGGGCGACAUGCAUACACUCGCCGACUUGGGAUACGCGUCAAUUGUGACAGCAACCGACAUGAAGCUAGCGCGCGAGAUCAUGGACCGUCAUUUAGGCGAAAUCGCCACCAGGUGCUCUCCAUGUUUCCAGAAAGACGUUCUCCGGCUGCCCCGCAAGAACAACAACCUGUUUCCAGCUGGUGAUGGUUUUCCCAAUGUGUCUAUCGGAUGCCAGCCUGUGCAAUUCGGAGGUGUUACGGAAGACAAACUGGAAAACGUGAAAAAUACCAUCGACCUGCUGAAAGAAAGUCUAAUGGACAAGGAUGAGAAGGAAGAGUUCCUUCAGAUGAUGUUCGCCAUCAUCUCUCACGCGUCAAACCCGCGCGACCCCGUCGUGACCUACCGCCGCCUACGACUGGCGUCUGCCAGGGAUUUCUUCCUGGAAAAGGUGCUCGACAAAACUCAGGCGGAGGAAACGCGGAAAGCAGUCCUUGCGUCAGAUGAAGCGCGCGAUCUCUACCACCAGAUGAAAUCUCUGGAGGAAAAGAAUGCGGCCCUGGAGAAGGACAAUUCGAAGUUGAAGGAGGAACUCUCGUGUUCACGAGAGGAGUUCGAGUUGCUCAAGAAAAGGCUCUCGGAAAGCGGGGAUAUUUGUCGCAAGUUCGCGAAACAGAUCCCGGCGCUGAAGGAAAAGAGCAACGAACUACAGAGGGAAAACAAGCGCAUAAAAAUAUCUUUAGCGAUGACUCAAAAGAACGAGGCGGCUCUCAGGCAGGAUCGUGAGUCGAUGACACGGAAAAAGAUGACGCCAAAGCAGGAAGCCGACAUGAUUUGGGAAAAGUACAACGCGGGUCGUGGCUGUCAGGACCGGUGGAGUGGAGACGAACUGGACGAGUGA